UCUUGAAUGAGGGUGCAUCUCACCUGGUGCACCACUUACAGAUAAAAGACAAAAUGGACGUCUGUGCCACAAACUCCAAUGCCACAAACUCCAGUUGCAAAGUGGAACCCCACCAGGGUGUGUCCUAUGCUUCAGUGUUUCUAGUGGGGUUUCUACUAAAUGCUGCUGCUCUGCGUGCUUUCAUCGCCAAGUGGGACUCCUGGAAAGACACCCACAUCUACAUGUUCAACCUGGCAAUAGCAGACUUUGCCCUCAUCCUCUUCCUUCCCUUCAGGGUUUUUGAUGCCUUCUUCUGCCUCCCAAAGAAUUACUUCUGUACUUUCCUCAUUUUUAUUCAUUUCAUCAACAUGUACGCCAGCAUCAUGACCACGACAGUCAUCAGCGUCCAGCGGUACCUGUCUGUAAGGUUCCCACUGAAGGUCAGAUCAUGGAAGAAGAAGAAACAGAGUGCUGUUGCUGUGUGCCUGGUCAUCUGGGUGAUUCUGGUGACUGUAUGUGCUAUAUGGUAUAGGGAGAACAGUCCUCAAAACCUCUGGACGUGUUUUGAGAGAUGUAAAGAUAAACCACUGAAGUUAUCCUCUAUGGUGCUUCUGGUUUUUGUAGGGUAUGUCACUCCGCUCCUGAUCAUUGUUUUCUGCUCUACUCAGAUCAUCUGCAUUUUGUUAAAGCUGCAAGACAAGUCUGAGAAAAUGAAAAAUGCAGUUGGCAUGGUAACAGCAAACAUGGUUGUGUUCAUCAUGUGCUACACGCCGAUCCACAUUGCCUUUGUUGUUAACUACUUUUAUGAAGCACCUCAAGACUGGAACGCUACAUAUUUGUACAGUCACAACUUUCUAAUCUGGUCUAAGUGGAUUGCUUCCACCAACUGCUGUUUUGAUUCCAUCAGCUACUAUUUUUUAUUGAAAAGGAUCAAUUCAUAA